AUGUUGCACCCCAACAAUAAUGUGGCACCCCCCAACCCCCUGUACAGCACUUGGGAGCCGGAGGAAAAUAUUCUGGAUGCACGCCUCUUCGCCGCCUUCGAGGAGAGGGAGCGCGAACGGGAGCUGUUUGGACCGAAAAAGAGGGGGCCCAAACCCGAGACGUUUCUUCUGAAGGCCAAAGCCAAGGAAAAGACUUAUGAAUUUAGAAGGGAGAGCUCCAGAGGGAUCCAGGUUUCCUAUCCCAUGCCUGAGCCGGUCAUAACGCCGAGGGCCCGGGAGGGUCUACGCACCGUGGUUCCCACAAUCUUCCCCCCGAGCGCGGUCAACAGAGGGGAAAGCGUCAGCGUCCGGCCGCCGGAGCCCGAGAGGAGGCCCAGACCCCCCCCACCGGCUCCCCACAUCGACCACGACUCCCUGCAGUUCCCCAAAAAGCGAGGGCGCAAGCCCAAGCACCACUACCAUUACGACCAGCACGAGGCCGGCGGCUCCGCCGAGGCGGAGGCCAAACGGAGCCGGCUGCUGGAGGAGCCGCUGCCCCACGGCCUGCCCAAAGCCUCCCAGCGGCCGCACCGCCACGCCCAGACCUCUGACCACAGCCUCCUGCAGCUGACCAAGAGGUUUCAGGAGGAGACCACCAUCACGCCCAAAUCCGGCGGCGAGCCGGGGCACGCCAGGGGCGGCGGGCUGGCCUACGGCCCCGCCUUCAGCCCCUACGGGCAGGGACACAGGACUUACUGCCUCGGCCGGCUGACCGGGCCGCAGAGCAGCCGGCCGGGGCGCUGCGCCGGACACCAGGGCCAGCGGGGCCAGCGGGGGAAGGAGUGCUGCACGCAGCACGGGGAGGCCGGCGCGGCGUCCCCGCAGUACGAGUCCGUCGGAGAGCCGACCGCACGCUCGGGCCCUUCCUGGAGGCCCUGCCCCAACAACCUGGACACUGUGACCGUGACCGACGUCACUAUGAACUCCUUGACA